AAGAAGUCGCUCCACAUGCGAAUCUCACUAUCGUUGGUAUUGUUUGUUCAAUUGACAAUGAUAUGGCAAAAACUGAUAUUACCAUUGGGGCUAUUGAUAACAUUUCAUCUGCGGCAUUUAGCCAUUCUCGUGCUUUUGUCAUUGAAGUAAUGGGAAGACAUUGUGGUUUAAUGGCUGCUAUUAGUACUGGCGCAGAUUAUGUUUUUAUUCCUAAACGUCCUCCAGAAGCAGAAAAGUGGAAGAAAU